GUACAAAAUUAUUUGUAGACAUUAUUUGAAUUGAAAUCACUUUGAAUUGAAUUAAAACUAAUUGUAAAGCAAUUGAAAGUGAGUUUAGGACAAGUGUUGGCAUUCAUUGAAUCCAUUGGAAGACUUUGCGUCCAAAUCGGGGCCCAAAGAGUGGCUCAGAAGCGAUGGAAAGGGUUUCGAUUGGAAACGGAUUGUCGGGAAGUGUUGUACGAAAUGUAGUCAAUAAUACUGAAGGCAUUGAAUGCAUGGAAAGCAAUGACAACAACGAAAACAACGCUUUGAAUGCAAACCAAUCGUCAGAUUAUUGUUUUGUUUGCAAAACACUCUUCGAUAGGAAUCUGAAGAAAAGCCGCCGAAGAAUACUGCGAGAGAGGGAUGACUUGGUGUCACCCCUGCUAUGGCUGCUGUGGUGGGCGCAGAGGACGGGCGUCUGGUUCUCCAACCACGACAUGCACCUCAACGCCGGUCCACUCACUCAUGAGGUGACCCAACACUUGCAACAGCUGUUCGCGUGUCGCAAGUGCUUCGAGCGGGUGAUCAAACUCGAGAGGGAUGUCCACAACUUCGAGACCGAAAUGAAUCACAUGUUGGACCAGAGCUGCGAUUCGCUCCUCGAGUUGAAUGUGAUUCGCGGCGACGAACAGAGAGUCAAAGAAUUGAAGUCCGAAAUACAGCUCAAGACUGAAGACAGUCUGAAGACGAAAAAAGUCAGAAAAAUUAUUUCUAAGAAAAAACCCAAUGUUUUGAUCAAAAAGCAGAAGAAGAAGACAAUAAUUCCAUCGACACAUUCAUCACAACCACAACAACACAUCCAAAAGACUAAACAGAUUCUAGUAUUAGCCAAAGGACAGGAAGGAGAGGGACAGCAACUGCUGGUUCUUCAGGUGCCCGCCAAUGACAACGACGGCGACGACAGCCAAUCUUCUGGUAAUCAAUUAAUUGAAUACAACCCUAAUGUCGACCAUCACUACCAUAACGACGAAAACGGAGCCGUUUUUCUAAGUUCUAACGCAAUUCCUGUGACCACUUGUGUGACCGUAACCUCUGAUGACCAGCUUCUGGAGGUUCAGUUGGAACAGAACGAUGACAAUGAAAUGGACGAGAGUUGUGACGAGAGGGCUGAAGAGCUCGAAGAAGUUCGAGCCGAUGAUCGCGAAGACAUUGAGAUGAGAGAAGAGGAUGAGACGAACGAAGCGAUUACUACUAUUCCC